AUGCACGUUCUCAUCACUGGCGCUGCCGGUUUCAUCGGCCAAUUACUUGCAAAGGAGCUGUUGAAUGACCCAGCUUAUCGCGUCACCCUGACCGAUAUAAAUCAACCCCCGAUUCCUGCGGGCGUUCGCUAUCCGCAAUCCGCAACAGCAAUCAAGGCGGAUCUCUUAACAGAAGCCAAGGACAUUGUCGAUUCUUCCUUGGACGCCGUCUAUGCCUUCCACGGCAUCAUGUCCUCCGGCUCCGAAGCCAACUUCGAGCUGGGCAUGAGUGUCAACAUCGAUGCAACCCGCAAUCUGCUCGAGGCGCUCCGACUCACCUGCCCGGGAGUGCGAGUCAUCUAUUCGUCCAGUCAGGCCGUAUACGGCCAACCCCUGCCGGAGAUUGUGACCGACAGCGUGAUCCCGACUCCGGAGUCUUCUUACGGCGCCGAGAAGAUCGUGUGCGAAACGCUGGUGAACGAAUACACUCGCCGCAAAUUCAUCACCGGCUUCACUCUGCGAUUCCCUACCAUCUCCGUCCGACCGGGUGCGCCUACUGCCGCGGCUUCCUCCUUCCUCUCCGGCAUGAUUCGGGAACCUCUCGACGGCAAGAAAUGUGUGAUUCCCAUUGAAGACCGACAGUUCAAGUCGUGGCUAUGCUCCCCCAAGACCCUCGUGGAAAACCUUCUUCUCACUCUCCGUCUUCCUGCCGACUCUGUCCCCCCGCAUAUUCGCCAGAUUAAUGUGCCUGGAAUCUGCGUCACAGUCCAGGGCAUGAUGGAUGCAUUGGAAACAGUGGGCGGUGCAGAUAAAUUGGCGCUUCUUACAGAGAAGGAGGACUCUUCGUUGGUCCCAAUUCUGAAGUCAUGGCCGACGCAGUUUGAUAACACUCAGGCCAUUUCCUUGGGGUUCAAGCGCGACGAGUCUUUUGAGCAGACUGUGCGGGAUUAUAAACAGUCAUUGGCACAAUAA